AUGGUGAGUGAGCAGAGAACACCAGAGGAGACUUUGCAAGAGUCAAAGGUGGCAGCUUUGGAGAGUAGUGGCACAAUGAGUGGACCGCUCGUCGGAGCCGCUGCCGGAACCCGCCGUCGCCGGAGGACUGAAGCUAUGCAACUGAUUCUGAGGAUGUUAUGCAUGGCCACUUCAUUGGUUGCACUCUCACUCAUGGUCACUGCCAAGGAAUCUAGCUCAGUCUCUAUCUAUGGUUUUCUCUUACCUAUUCACUCCAAGUGGUCUUUCUCUGAAUCCUACGAAUAUCUUGUUGGGGUUUCGGUUGCUGUUGCAGCUCACUCCUUGUUGCAAUUUCUCAUUGGCACAUCGAGAUUUCUUAGGAUGUCUUCUGUGAUUCCUUCUAGAAAUCAUGCCUGGCUUAUUUUUGCUGGAGAUCAGGCAUUUGCUUAUGCAUUGAUGAGUGCUGGAUCUGCUGCAUCUGGGGUGACCAAUCUGAAUCGCACAGGAAUUAGACACACAGCACUGCCAAAUUUUUGCAAGCCAUUGCACAAGUUUUGUGACCAUGUUGCCAUCUCAAUAGCCUUCACUUUCUUCAGUUGUUUUUUGCUGGCUACAUCUGCUGUUCAGGAUGUAAUAUGGCUAUCCCAACACUGAUAUUGUUUCAUAUUAU